AUGUAUAUGUGUGUGUGUGUAUAUAUAUAUAUAUAUAUAUAUAUAUUUCAUCGCAGCGUCUUUCCUUUCCACCAAAAUCUGGUUUGAAAUGGAGAAGAAAACCACCGUCGCCUCUUCAUGUUGUCUCCUUCUUUUAUGUGUCGCCGCUUUUGCUGUAGCAGAAGUUCUUGAGGCACACCACCACCGCCGCCACCAUCACCGCCUCAGAAAUGAUGGUUCUGUGAAAUUUUUUGUACUCGGGGACUCGUAUGUUGAUACUGGGAAUAUCAGAAAAUCUGUGUCUCCUUCAUGGAAGGAACCUUAUGGGAUCACUUUUCCUGGAAAGCCAGCCGGCCGGUUUUCCGAUGGUCGUGUGCUCUCUGAUUAUUUAGCUGAAUACUUGGGUCUAAGACCUCCAGUUCCUUAUGCAUUGAGAAAAUCUGCGAACAUAUCGGAAGUGGAGAAGGGAAUGAACUUUGCAUACGGAGGUACGGGAGUUUUCGAUACGUUGGUGACUGAACCAAACUUGACCACCCAAAUCGACUUUUUCCAACGGCUAGUUGAACAAGAAAAACUGUAUGCCAAACGCGACCUAAUUAAAUCGUCCAUAGCUCUCGUGUCAGUUGCGGGGAACGACUACGCAACUCAUAUGGUUAAAACAGGCAAUGGCAGUGAGGAUUUGGCAGAGUUCACCAAGUCGGUUGUUAAGCAGAUUGCUGUGGAUUUGAGGCGUAUACGUGAUUUGGGAGUGCCAAAAAUAGCGGUUACUGCAGUAGAGCCCAUGGGAUGUAUUCCGCGCUUAACUUCCUUUCUUUCCUAUCAGAACUGCAAUGAAUCGCUCAACUUGGCUUCAGUGUUCCACAACCAAGUUUUGCGCCAAAACGUGGAACAGUUGAAUAAGGAGUCAAACAAUUCUGCAUUUGUAAUCUUGGAUCUCUAUGACGCAUUUUCGUCUGCAAUUAAUCCCCCAAAAGACCGUCAAGGAAACACGACGUUCCAGAUUGAUGAACCAUUAAAACCAUGCUGUGUGGGGGUGAGCAGCGAGUACUCAUGCGGUAGUGUGGACGAGAGUACUGGAGCAAAGAAGUACAGCAUAUGCAGUCAUCCCGAACGGUCUUUCUUUUGGGACACGGUGCACCCCUCGCAGAAUGGCUGGCAUGCUGUUUAUUCCUCUUUGAAAUCAUCUCUUCAUCAGUUGUAUUCGUGAUUUGGUUAUGCGCAAGUACGUAGUUAUAUCAACAAUCAGAGCUGCCCCUAAAACUGCAACCAGACAAAGAAUUUCUGUACGAAUUGACAUGAUAAUAUGACAUUAUUUGUCACCAUUUGAAAUCUUCGCGCAGUAGUACAAUAAGAUUUUAAGGGGUUCCAAAGAUC